AUGGCGAGCCUCCUACGUGUUGUGGUGACCAGCUGUUCGACCCCUGUGUUCACCGGGGUGUCCUGCGUGAAGCUGCAGAACGCACACGCAGUCAAAUCACAGUGUUUGCGGUUUUUCAGGACCCAUCAAGCCCUCGGACGAUGCGCCAGUCCAGGUAUUCCAUACAAACAACUUACAGUCGGCGUUCCUAAGGAAAUUUUCCAGAAUGAACGUCGUGUGGCGCUGUCUCCAGCCGGCGUCCAGGCACUCAUCAAACAGGGUUUCAACGUCGUCGUGGAGUCUGGAGCUGGGGAGUUCUCCAAGUUCCCAGACGAGCAGUAUGCCCAGGCCGGAGCGACAAUUAAAGAUGCUAAAGAUGUCUUGGCAUCUGAUGUGCUGGUUAAGGUGCGAGCUCCCAUGUUCAACCCUACAUUAGGAGCUCACGAGGUGGACUUGAUGAAGGAGGCAGCCACCUUGGUCAGUUUCAUCUACCCAGCGCAGAACCCUGAGCUGAUGGAGUUGCUGUCGCAGAAGAAGGCCACUGUCCUGGCUAUGGACCAAGUGCCCAGGGUCACCAUUGCCCAGGGAUAUGAUGCACUGAGCUCUAUGGCAAACAUUGCAGGGUACAAGGCAGUGUUGCUGGCAGCCAACAGCUUUGGUCGCUUUUUCACUGGACAGAUCACUGCAGCUGGGAAGGUGCCCCCAGCAAAGGUCCUGAUCAUUGGAGGUGGAGUGGCUGGAUUGGCAGCAGCUGGCACUGCCAGGGCCAUGGGAGCCAUUGUCCGAGGCUUUGAUACCAGAGCUGCAGCAUUGGAGCAGUUCAAGUCGCUGGGCGCAGAGCCCCUGGAGGUGGACGUGAAGGAGUCAGGAGAGGGCCAGGGAGGCUAUGCCAAGGAAAUGUCGAAGGAGUUUAUUGAGGCGGAGAUGAAGCUGUUCGCCAAACAGUGUCUGGAUGUGGACAUUCUCAUCAGCACUGCUCUAAUCCCAGGUAGACGAGCCCCUGUCCUCAUCACUAAACCAAUGGUUGAGAGCAUGAAAGACGGGUCAGUGGUGGUGGACUUGGCAGCUGAAGCUGGAGGAAACAUUGAGACCACAACACCUGGGGAGCUGUCAGUGCACAAGGGAGUGACCCAUAUUGGCUUCACAGACCUGCCCAGCCGUCUGCCUACUCAGUCCAGCACUCUGUACUCCAACAACAUCACUAAGUUGAUCAGGGCAAUCAGCCCCGGCAAGGAGAAUUUUUACUUUGAUGUGAAGGACGAGUUUGACUAUGGAACCAUGGACCACGUCGUCAGGGGAUCUAUUGUCAUGCAGAAUGGGAAGAACUUGUUCCCUGCUCCCCAGCCUAAUAAUGUGCCCGUUGCAGCUCCUCCAAAACCCAAGAGUGUCCAGGAAUUAGAGGCAGAGAAGGCUACACAAGUCUCUCCCUUCAGGGCUACGCUCACCACUGCUAGCAUGUACACUGGAGGUCUUGCCACCCUGCUGGGUCUCGGUCUGUCAGCUCCAAAUGCUGCCUUCACUCAGAUGGUCACCACCUUCGGCCUGGCUGGCAUCGUGGGAUACCACACAGUAUGGGGAGUCACUCCUGCCUUGCACUCUCCACUCAUGUCUGUCACCAACGCCAUCUCAGGUCUGACGGCAGUGGGUGGUCUGUCCCUGAUGGGAGGCGGCUACGCUCCGGCAUCGACUGCUGAGACACUGGCUGUGCUCGCCACCUUCAUCUCCUCAGUCAACAUUGCUGGUGGUUUCCUGGUGACUAAGAAGAUGUUGGACAUGUUCAAGCGUCCCACUGAUCCUCCAGAGUACAACUAUCUCUAUAUGCUUCCCACUGGCGUCUUUGUUGGAGGCUAUGCAGCCGCCCUGCAGGCUGGGUACAACAUCGAACAGAUGAUGUACCUGGGAUCAGGGCUGUGCUGUGUCGGUGCCCUCGGAGGCUUGUCCAACCAGAGCACAGCCCGCCUGGGUAAUGCCCUGGGUAUGAUGGGCGUUGCAGGGGGUAUUGCUGCCACCCUGGGUGCCCUCAAACCCAAUCCGGAGCUCCUGGCACAGAUGAGUGCCGCCAUGGCUGUUGGUGGCACAGCUGGUCUUGCCAUUGCUAAGCGGAUCCAGAUCACUGACCUGCCCCAGCUGGUGGCAGCCUUCCACAGCUUGGUGGGGCUGGCUGCCGUGCUCACUUGCGUAGCAGAAUAUAUGGUCGAGUACCCCCACUUUGCCACAGACCCUGCAGCAAACCUCACAAAGAUAGUAGCCUACCUCGGCACCUACAUCGGUGGGGUGACUUUCAGUGGCUCCCUGGUGGCAUAUGGAAAACUGCAAGGUAUCCUGAACAGCGCUCCCUUGAUGCUUCCUGCUCGUCAUGCACUGAACGCCGGCCUUAUGACAGCGAGUGUCGGUGGGAUUAUUCCCUACAUGUUGGAUCCCAGUUACACCAUGGGCAUCACCUGCCUCGGCUCUGUCUCUGCUCUCUCCGCUAUCAUGGGUGUAACCUUGACAGCAGCCAUCGGCGGGGCGGACAUGCCAGUGGUCAUCACUGUCCUGAACAGCUACUCAGGUUGGGCUCUGUGUGCUGAGGGCUUCCUGCUUAACAACAAUCUGCUGACCAUCGUAGGAGCCCUCAUUGGGUCCUCUGGAGCCAUUCUCUCCUAUAUCAUGUGUGUGGCCAUGAAUCGUUCACUGGCUAAUGUGAUACUGGGAGGCUACGGCACGUCUUCCACUGGUACUGGUAAGCCCAUGGAGAUCACUGGGACGCACACAGAGGUCAAUGUGGAUCAGACUGUCGACAUGAUCAAAGAGGCCCAGAACAUCAUCAUCACUCCAGGUUAUGGCCUCUGUGCUGCCAAGGCCCAGUACCCCAUUGCUGAGUUGGUAAAGAUGCUCAAAGAUGCUGGCAAGAAAGUCAGGUUUGGAAUUCACCCGGUGGCUGGCCGCAUGCCUGGGCAGCUCAACGUGCUGCUGGCUGAGGCGGGCGUCCCAUACGAUAUUGUCCUGGAGAUGGAGGAGAUUAAUGAGGACUUUCCUGAUACAGACCUGGUGCUGGUGAUCGGCGCCAAUGAUACAGUGAACUCAGCUGCUCAGGAAGAUCCCAACUCAAUCAUUGCUGGUAUGCCUGUGCUGGAGGUCUGGAAAUCCAAACAGGUGGUUGUGAUGAAGCGUUCCCUCGGUGUCGGCUACGCGGCGGUUGACAACCCCAUCUUCUACAAGCCCAACACCGCCAUGUUGCUAGGCGAUGCCAAGAAGACUUGUGAUGCCCUGCAAGCCAAGGUCCGCGAGUCCCAGGGCCAGUAAGACGGCUCCACCCCCAAACACAAAAAUUCACGAAGAGCACAGUUGGAGUGAGAAGGAUCAAGGACAAUGAGGCAGUGUUUUCCUAAAGUAUCUCAACUUUAAGAUCAUCUUUAUCUGAUUAGAACCAAGGCAAUGCAACAAAGGUGAUCAUAAAGGUAAAACUCUUUUGGUAAACCCUGCCCAGGAUCUAUAAAUAAAAGAAAUGACAAAUUUUGUCAUACAUUAAAUGCAGAUACAGUCGACCUCUCUGCUCCCACUGCAGUAGUGUGCUACUUUUUUGUACUGGCAUUUUUGACACUUCUUUUGUUUAUAGAAAUAAAAGGUGCCAGGUAUAUGUGGCCCGUGCCCCUCUGGGAAGCAAGUGGCAUUGUCAGCCUCAUUUAUAGUCACUAUAAUAAUUUAAAACAACAAUCAACAACUUGGAUGUAUUAAGAUGUUAGACGUACUCACCUUCAAUGUUAAUACUUUUUAGGAAAUAGGCAACAGUUAAAACUCUUAUUAGCUUAACAGGAGUUAAUAAGGACUGAAAGUGUAGACAUCGCGUUGACCUUUCAAACACUCAUUCACAGAGAGGGAGAGGAGGAGGUGUGAGAGACAAUGAGACUGUAGCGUCAAUGUUUUCUUCCCCACUGUAAAGCUUUUCCUCCCUGUUUCUCUAGCGUUUGCUAUUAUAGGAUGAUAAAUAGUUGUUCUCUUUGAUAGAUCUAUUUGUUUAACAAACGCUUAUGUCACACCAAGUUUUCCUUGUGAAACCGGUUUCUCUACAAGGAAAAAGAAAAAAAGCAGAGUAGUGAAACAUUUUUGUAAAGUUCUCUCAGUUUCGGUUUUAUACUGUUGCAAGAAAUUUUUGUAGCUCGGCCCUAGUAAUUAUGACACACUUUAAAGGUUUCUAGUCAGUAAUAUUUUAAAAGCCUUUGUUGCCGGUCUGCAAAGCCAUAGCCACUCAUCCAAACCGUUAGUCAUAGUACGUGCUUUUUUUCUUUUCUCUUGAGUGUGUUUUUGUGACCCCUGUGCCUUUUGUGCAGCAAUCACACACGGAUCCAAAAGCUGUCCGAAAUCCAUUCAGAUGUCCUCUGUUAUUCAUUUAACGCAACAGUCCCACAUUGAUUUGAGCUGAAAGUGUAAGACCCCAGCUGUCUUGCAGUCGAAGGCUGUGCUGCUUCCACACAGCAACCCUCUUAAUGAUAACUGAAUGGGUUUCAUGGUGUUUUUGACCCAGGUGUGUUUUGUCAUCCCGCGUGACGUGAUGAAGAUGUUACAGUACGUGUGAUUCUAGCCUUUGACCGGUAUGGAGAGGAAGGAUUUUUAAAGUGAAUGUGGCUUGACUUUACCCUCGACCGCCCCUAAAUGUGUUCUUGUUAUUAUUCUACAUGGGAAAUGAAGGAUCACUGCAUUUAAAGGAAGGCCAAAUGAUAACAGGCAAUGAUGAUAGGGAUCAAACUAUUCACACUGUAAAACUGCAGUUUAAAGAAGAAUUUUUUCCCCACAUUUCAGCGCUUAUGAAAAAAGUUAGACUUCAUUUGGAAAGCAUUUAUGAAUUGGAAAUUUACAACUCACCCCUUCCUCUUUUUUUUUUUUUAAGUUCACCUUUUGCCAUAUACAUACACCUGUGCCAAACCUCCUUCCAUCACAGUCACUCAAAUAGACUCAAAGGCCAUUUUACAGUACAAACAGAUUUGAUGUGUAGUUCUAGAAAGACUGGCUACAGACAAAACGAGAAUAAAUCAGUCCACCUCUGCAGCCGCCUUUACACAGCACACCAACCUGAAGGUACCAGCUCAGAGUAAUGCAGGUUCACCACCUCACACUGAUCGUUUUUUGCACUUCACACAGCAUUUUUUUUUUUUUUUAAAUCACUAACUGGUGCCACAGCCCCUUUUACUGUCAAACGUAGGCAAGUUGGAGUUCAGAUAAUUUCAUCAGUGACUUUAUGUAAUGAUAACCUCAAUGUUUUACACUGUCUGUUAAAAAACACUUUGUACAGAGCAGAUGUAAUAUAUACAAUAUAAGUAAAUAUAAUGCCAUUUACAUCGCCAAGUACUGUGUUUUACUCUAUAUGGAUACUUAAACAGGGUCUUGAUGACCUGAUUACACAAACAGUGAGUUGUGGGGGGGCAUAACCCUUUAGACUUCAUAGUACAGUACAGUUAAUUUCCUGUUGUUUUGUGUGAAGACAGUUUAUGAGAUGGCAUGUCAGCAGUCUUACUUGAACUAAUUCAUUCUGCUCAAAUCGACACAAACGCUGUAUGAAGUUAAGAUGCAUGGAGAAAAGAGAUCGAGGCCUGCUGAUCUAUUUGAUGUUUUGUUUUUCCGGGACCUGAUUGAUACAUCGACCAUGACAACUAUCCUACCUCCUCAUAACUCGACCAAUAGCUUUUCCUAGAGUCUUCAACUGACCAAUCACCUUUUAGGGACUCAGCCAUAAGAUCUGUGCCUGACCAGUCUUCUUCCAUAAACCUUAACCCAAUCAAGUCACUUCUCAUGUAACCCAAACCUGACCAAUUGCCUUCCAUUUUGUGUUGUUCAGACCUCAGUUUACUGUUGGCUUUGUUUUUUUUUUUUUGUUUUUUUUUUUUUUGUUUUUUUUGCAGUUGUAGAGCUACAAAGCUCAUGAAAUUUUCUUGUUCCAAAUGAAAACUUACAUGUCAGUUUACACAAGCAAAUGCGGUCCACUUAUUCCAUUAGAUUGAAGAUCUCGCAGCACCAUACCUGAACAUUGUUGCCAUUCACUGAGAUAAUGAACAAAUUAAGGGAGAUGGAAAAUGUUUUUAAUUUUACUGAAGUUAAUGUGCCCUACCCCCCUCCCUCCUCAUGUUUCCCCACCCCAGGAAGAGUAUUUUUGUAAAGACACGUCAAUAUUUGUGUAGAGCGAUCAAUGUUUGAUAAUGGGACUUUGGAGUUUUAUGACAUUUCAAUGCACCAUGUUAGGGAAAUGAAUGAAAUGUACUGUGAAUGGGUUAUUUUUUUUCCUCUGUUGUUUUCAUGGAACAUUUUCAUCCCUAAUAAACCUGUAUUUACACCUGA